GCUCUCUGCGUGAGGGGGAAGAGGGCGGGGUCGUGUGGAGCGGCCGCUCUGCCCGGCAGAUUUGUCUGCUCUGGAGGGAGGAGGGCGCUGCUGCUGCAAGAUGGCGGCGCAGAGGAGGAGUCUGCUGCAGAGUGAACAGCAGCCCAGCUGGACAGAUGACCUGCCAUCCUGCCAUCUCUCUGGGGUGGGCUCAGCUCCAAACCGUUCCUACAGUGCAGAUGGCAAGGGUACAGAGGGUCACCCCUUGGAAGAUAACUGGUUGAAAUUCAGGAGUGAGAACAACUGCUACCUCUAUGGUGUCUUCAAUGGCUAUGAUGGCAACCGAGUCACCAACUUUGUGGGCCAGAGGCUGUCUGCAGAAUUGCUGCUGGGCCAGCUGCACGCAGAUCACAGUGAUGCUGAUGUGCGCCGUGUUCUGCUGCAGGCUUUUGAUGUGGUAGAAAGAAGUUUCUUGGAGUCUAUUGAUGAUGCUUUGGCAGAGAAGGCCAGCCUGCAGUCCCAGCUGCCAGAGGGUGUUCCUCACCACCAGCUGCCUCCUCAAUACCAGAAGAUCGUGGAGAGAUUGAAGGUUGUAGAGCAGGAGAUCUCUGGAGGAGCCAUGGCCAUCGUGGCUGUUGUUCUCAACAAUAAGCUCUAUAUUGCCAAUGUUGGUACCAAUCGUGCACUAUUGUGUAAGUCCACAGUGGAUGGGCUGCAGGUGACUCAGCUAAACGUGGACCAUACUACAGAGAAUGAGGAUGAACUUUUUCGCUUCUCUCAGCUGGGCUUGGAUGCAGGGAAGAUAAAACAAGUGGGAACUAUCCGUGGGCAGGAAAGCACUCGGCGCAUUGGAGACUACAAAGUCAAAUAUGGCUAUACUGAUAUUGAACUCCUCAGUGCUGCUAAAUCUAAGCCUAUCAUAGCAGAGCCUGAAAUCCACGGAGGGCACUCACUGGAUGGAGUGACUGGCUUCUUGGUGCUUAUGUCUGAAGGGCUCUACAAAGCUCUGGAAGCAGCUCACGGGCCUGGGCAGGCCAACCAGGAAAUUGCAGCCAUGAUAGCCACAGAGUUUGCCAAGCAGACGUCACUGGAUGCUGUCGCCCAAGCUGUAGUGGACCGGGUGAAACGGAUCCACUGUGACACUUUUGCCAGUGGUGGGGAACGGUCCAAGUUCUGUCCCCGCCAUGAAGACAUGACCCUGCUUGUGAGAAAUUUUGGCUAUCCCUUGGGUGAGAUGAGUCAGCCCACGCUAACACCAACACAAGGGGGCCGUGUCUACCCAGUCUCUGUGCCAUAUUCCAGCUCCCAAAGCACGAGCAAAACGAGCGUCACGCUGUCUCUUGUCAUGCCUUCCCAAGGCCAGAUGGUCAACGGUGCCCACAGCAGCUCAACUCUGGAUGAAGCCACCCCCACCCUCACUAACCAAAGCCCCACUGUGACUCUCCAGUCCACUAACACUCACACACAGAGUAGCAGCUCAAGUUCAGAUGGGGGUCUGUUCCGCUCCCGCCCUUCCCACUCGCUCCAGCCAGAUGAAGACGGGCGCGUGGAGCCCUAUGUGGACUUUGCAGAGUUUUACCGGCUUUGGAACAUGGACCAUGGUGAGCAGGGAGCACUGACUGUGUCCUAAUGUGGAAAUGGGCCUCCUCCACCCACCAGGUGCUCAGCUGUGUGAGAAAAGACUGAGGAGGGAGCAAGAGCGCUCCAGCUCCAUUCUGUGUUCUGCCAAGAGUUAACUCCUAUCCAGGAUGUGCUGAACACUGGGCUGGGGAGCAUCUGCUGUGCUCUUGUCGUACGUGUUGCCUGUGCAAUGCACCUAAUCCUGACUGACCUCUUUCCCUUGGAAGCCUGGUGAACAAGGGAAGGGGUCUUGAAUGCAACCCUCGCUGCAGGUUUUCAUAAAUAAAGUUGCAGAGAGGGCUCUCUCCUGGAUAAUGCAAGAGUAGAGGCCUGUACAAAGGCUGUGUGUGCGUGUGUAGGUGUACGUGUGUGCCUGCGUGUGUGCGCGCUGUCAAAAUGUUUCCACAAUUCAUAAUGCUGUGAUUCCAGUGUUCAACUCCAUAGAAGAUACCUCUAUUUUGCAGAAUAAAUAACUUAUAGCUACACUCA